AUGAAGACCAUCUCUUCAUUCUCCCUGUUUGUCCUCUGCCUGGCUGCACUGCAGCUGCACGCCAAUGCCUCCCACUCCCAGUCCCAGGAGGCUCAGCUCAAAAGGUUCAUCUCGUCUAGGAAGAACAGCGCCAGCAGCACUGACACGUUCCGAGUGCGUAACAUAGCUGACAGGGUUGCCAGCAGCCUGAGUACGGAGAGCACUGUCUCUGACCAGAGCUCCAUGAAGGCCGCCGACAAGAUCACGGCGUUGCCCGGGCAGCCGGAGGGCGUCGACUUCGACCAGUAUGGCGGGUACGUGAACGUCGAUGCGGAGAACGGCCGCGCGCUCUUCUACUACCUCGUCGAAUCGCCUUCCGGUGCCUCGGACAAGCCACUGGUCCUGUGGCUCAACGGAGGACCGGGAUGCUCGUCGCUCGGAUUCGGCGCAAUGCAAGAGCUCGGCCCGUUCCGUGUAACCGAGGACAACAAAACUCUCAGCAGAAACGCGAACGCCUGGAACAACGUGGCUAACGUGAUCUUCCUUGAGUCGCCCGCUGGAGUGGGAUAUUCCUACUCGAACACGUCUUCCGACUACGAUCUCAGCGGAGACGAGAGAACCGCCGAUAACGCCUACGUGUUUCUCGUGAAAUGGCUGGAGAGGUUUCCGGAGUACAAGGACCGGGCCUUCUACAUCUCCGGGGAGAGCUAUGCCGGACACUACGUGCCGGAGCUCGCCGCCACCAUCCUGCUCCACAACACAUACAAUAACAGAACCGUCAUAAACCUUCAGGGCAUCUUGGUGGGAAAUCCGUACCUUGACGCGAACAGGAAUAUUAAGGGGGUGGUUGACUACUUCUGGACCCACGUGGUGAUGUCCGACGAGGUCUACGCCAAUAUCACCAAGAACUGUGACUUCGAUAACUUGAAUGGUACAUUUACAGAUUCUGUGUGCAGCGGAGCUGCUGUGGCGUUCGACCCUGGCUACAUUGAUGUCUACAACAUAUACGCUCCGGUCUGCAUUGACGCACCGAAUGGAACCCGGUACCCCAGUGGCUACUUACCUGGGUAUGAUCCGUGCAGUUAUUAUCCUACGUAUGCCUACCUCAAUGAUCCAGCGGUGCAGAUGGCUUUCCACGCUAGACCGACAACGUGGACAGGCUGCGCAAACUUGAACUGGACAGAUGCGCCAAUGUCCAUGCUGCCAACCAUGACAUGGCUGAUCGAAAGCAAGCUUCCGAUUUGGAUAUUCAGUGGUGAUUUCGAUUCUGUGUGCCCGCUGCCGGCGACGAGGUAUUCAAUCCAAGACAUGGCCCUCUCUGUGACCACUCCAUGGCGCCCAUGGACAGCGAAGGAGGAGGUGGGAGGAUAUGUUCAGCAGUACGCCGGGGGAUUCACAUUCCUAUCUGUCAGGGGAGCUGGCCAUAUGGUUCCAUCCUUCCAGCCUGAGAGGGCAUUGGUGAUGUUGAGCUCCUUCCUGCAAGGGGUGCUCCCACCUUACGUAGAACAGCAGUGA